AUGCCGCGACCGCCUCGCAAGAGACAACAACGCCUCGCCUUCACACCGAUACCUUCAAGUUCGCCAGCUGCAAAAGGAUAUCACAAGCAGAUCCAAGAUCGCGCCGCAGCGGUAACCCUGGCAGGAUCACCGAGCUCAAGCAUGCGGAGGUUACGCGAGACGGUCGAUCUAGUCUCGGACGACGACAUUCCAAUACCCACACCAGCUGCGUCUUUGAAAGCAWAUGGCAAGGACGAUGAGAACAGCAGCAGCGAGAAUGGACCGGUUCGGUCGACGCGACGACCACGCAGUACGAGAAGCAAGCGACCCAGACAACAACGUCUUGACUUCAACAACGCUCGCGAGCCUUCCUCCUUCGAUUCUCCAAUUCGCCUACCAUCGACGACUCGUGCACAAGUCCCCGACAAGGCUGGUAUGUUCAGUUCACAGGCUCAAGGUCACUUGGCCCGAUACAGUGAUAUCGAGUCAAACAGCGGCUCCGAUACUCUUCCCUCGCCCAGAAAAAUAUUGAAGGCGAAAAAGUCUGCGAAGAAGUCCAAACAGAGCUCAAAGAGCACGAAGGAGAAGGAAAGACCUAGGCGUACAUCACGAAUCAUUGCAGAGGAGGAAUCUUCAGACGACGAGAUCGUUGUGGCCGGUGGUCGCCAAAAGAACACACCGGAGCAGCAUGAGGACGACAGCGGGGACGACAGCGACCUACCCAGAACGCAGCGUAGGCAGCGACGCAAUGCGCCAAUGCGCCAACCCACAAGAUCGGUGAGUGUCCCGCCGAUACAUGUCGACGACGCAGGAGAGGACGACGACGAUAGCGACAUGCCGACAACACAAGGCAAGYAGCGGCGCCAGACGAGGCGUGCUCGGCGCAAUAGCUUCAUCAGCGACUCACCACCGCGUGCCAUCGAAAGUGAUGAUGACUUGGUCAUCGUUGAUUCGAGGAAGCGUGCUCGAAGUGAGAGUGAUGGCGACGCACAACCCGAAGAUGAUGACGACGAUGAGCUCCCAAAGACACCAGGACGGCGCGGCCUGAAGCGGCAACGCACAAAAUUGACCCGGCGUGAGAAGGAAGACCUGGAAGAYGAUCUUGAUUUCCUCGGACCUAGCGACGACGAGGCGCCGUCAAGUGGCCGAGCUCCCCGUAACACGCAGUCCGCUCAGAAGACUGCAAAGCAGCAAGCCCUGGAAAGACUGAAGCGUGCGCGAGCGGGCCAAGAAAUCCCGCUUGAAGACCUGCAGGAGCAAGAAGAGCAAGAGGGCGACCCGACUGGUGAUGAAGAUGAAGACGAGGAACUGCCUGAAGACGAUGUCCCGGCCUUCACUAGCAGCCAUCAAUUUUUCCAGGAACGUGAUGAAGAUGCAGAAUUUGUUGAGGAAGAAGAGGAAGAUGGUCCACUUGGGGUGCCAGCUGGCAUACCCCUACAGUUCACUCGCUAUGCAUCACUAAAACCUAGCGAGCUUUUCAAGUUCGCUGUCGAUUGGAUGCUACAGAAGAAUUUGAACCCGGGGUUUCAAAAACGCGAUGAUCUGUACGAUUUGACGUUCCGCAAAUUGGAUGAUGAGGCUCAAGGCCUCGCUGGGAGCAAGUUCAAAUCCUCCUCUUGGAAUGCUAGAUUCCGUUCCGCCUUGGAGGCUAGGCCACAAAUCGACGAGUUCGAGCUAUCGAGUGAAGAAAUGGAGGACCACGAAAAGUGUGAUGCUUGUAACCGCUCAAACCACCAGUGCACGUUCAAAAUCCGGUUUCAUGGCAAACCCUAUCACAGCGACACCUUGGAGGAGAUCGCAAGCGACGACGAGGACUCAGAUAGCGCCGACGAGGCUAGCCAAGCUUCUCACGCCGACUUCAACGCCAACGGCGUGGAGAUCGCAAGCACUGAUCACUUUUUCUUCGUCGGCAGGUUCUGCAAAGGCAACGCCGCCACUUCUCAUGCGCUGCAGCAUUGGCGCUUCCAUCUCAGUGAGUACGUGCACAGCUGGCUUUCCAACAAAGGUUACUUCGAAGCCAGUGAGCUCAAGAGGCGUCAAGGUUGGAGCAUAAAAAAACUUGGCAAGUACAGUAACAAAGUCUUGACGGGCAUGGAACGGGAUGGCGAGGUGAAAAAGCUGUGGAAGAUGUUCCGGUCAAGUGUCGAUGAAGCUCGAGAAUCCAAGGGAGGUAGGUACAGAUGGGAGACAUGA